AUGCAGUCCGACUGGGAGGGACACCCGAUGAAGCCGUUGAAGGGCGCGGCUUUCGCCGCCGCCGCUUUCGCCACUGUGCUGACCUUCGCCGUGCCGGCGACCACCGUGCCGGCCAAGGCGGCCGAGACCACGCUGCGGAUCACCCUGCAGCUCCCGGUGAAGAGCCACCUCGGCCAGAACCUGCUGCUGUUCAAGGAGGAGGUCGAGAGCGCCUCGGACGGCGAGAUCGCGGUCGAGAUCUACGACUCCGCGCAGCUCUACAAGGACAGCGAGGUGCCCCAGGCAGUGGGGUCCGGCGCGAUCGAGAUGGGCGUGGCCUCGCUGACCCGCUUCGUCGGCGACAUCCCCGCCGUCGACAUCUUCUACAUGCCCUUCAUGUUCAAUUCCGAAGAGCUGGUGCGCGCGGCCACCGCACCGGACAGCCCGGUGCGGAGCAAGAUCGACGCGGCGAUUCGGGAUACCGGCAGCCGGGUGCUCUGGUGGCAGGCCUACGGCGGCGCCAUCAUGCUCUCGCAGGACGAGCCGCUGAAGACUCCGGCCGACGUGGAGGACAAGAAGGUCCGCGUGUUCGGCAAGACGCUGGGCAGCUUCAUCGAGGCGGUGGGCGGCGCGCCGACCCUGAUAUCCGGCUCCGAGCAGUACCUCGCCUACCAGCGCGGCACGGUCGACGUCGGCAUGACCGGCGUGUCCGGCGUGAAGUCGCGUUCGCUCUGGGAGGUGAUGGACUGGAUCACCGUGACCAACCACGCCGACAUCGAGUUCGUCGUGCUGGUCAACGAGGACUUCUGGCAGGGCCUGCCCGAGGCUCACAAGGAGGUCAUCCAGGCCGCCGCCGCCACGGCCGACGCCGCCGUGCGCGAGCGCAUCGCCGAGAUCGAGGCCGAGGCCUAUGCCGCCGCCCGCGAGAACGGCAUGCAGAUCUACGAGCUCUCGCCCGAGGAGGUGGAGGCCUGGCGCGCCGGCGCCCAGCCGGUGAUCGACCAGUACCUGGCCGACUCCGGAGCGCUGGGUCAGGAGGUCUACGAGGCGGCGCUGGCGCUGCGCGAGUCCGACCGGAUCGUGUCGCCGGGCCGCGUCCGGCCGGCGCGGCCGCGCCCCGCGCCGCCCUCCCUUUCGGCAGCCAAGGUCCCCAUGUUCCGCCUGCUCGACCGCCUCAACGACCUGCUGGCCCAGCUCGCCGCCUGGCUGUUCUUCGCCACCGCGGCGAUGAUCACCUACGAGGUGGUGGCCCGCUAUCUCUUCAACGCUCCCACCAUCUGGGCCGAGGAGCUGAGCCGCGUCUUCCUGGUCUGGGGCACCUUCCUGGCCAUGGCGGCGCUGCUGCGCCGGCGCAGCCACAUCAGCAUCACCCUGGUCACCGGGCGCCUCGGCCCGGCCGGACGGCGCGGCGCCGAGCUGGUCGCGCUGACCGUGGUCGCCGCGCUCAGCGGCAUCGCGCUCUGGUACGGCUGGGCGAUCGCCGCCGACUCCCUGGCGCGCGGGCGCACCACGGCGACCAUGCUGGACCUGCCGCAGGGGCUGCUGGAGGCGGCCGUGCCGCUGGGCUUCGCCUUGCUGCUGGCCCAGGCGCUGGUCGAGAUCCUCCGCCUGCUGCGCGGCCGGGGCGAGGACACCACCAUGGAAACCCUGCUCGUCCUGCUCGCGCUCUUCGGCCUGCUGCUGGCCGGCGUGCCGGUGGCCUUCGCGCUCGCCGGGCUCGGCGCGGCCAUGCUGCUGCUCGGCGGCUUCUCGCCGCUGAUGGUGCCGCAGGGCCUGCUGUCGACCAUCGACAACUUCAUCCUGCUGGCCGUGCCGCUGUUCCUGCUGAUGUCCAACGUGCUGCUCAAGGGCGGCGUGGGGCGCGACCUCUUCGCCGCGGUGCAGGCCUGGGUCGGCCACUGGCCCGGCGGCCUGGCGGUGGCCACCAUCGUCUCCUGCGGCAUCUUCGCGGCGAUCUCCGGCUCCAGCGUCGCCACGGCGGCAACCAUCGGCACGGUUGCGAUCCCCGAGAUGCUCAAGCGCGGCUACGCCCGCCCCUUCGUGCUGGGGCUGCUGGCCGCCGGCGGCACGCUGGGCAUCCUGAUUCCGCCGUCGAUCCCGAUGAUCGUGUUCGGCUUCAUCACCGAGGAGUCGGUGAUCCAGCUCUUCCUGGCCGGCAUCGGCCCCGGCCUGCUGCUGGUCGGGCUCUUCGUCGGCUUCUCCAUGCUCUACGCCAAAUUCGGCGGCGGCUUCACGCCGCUGGACAAGGCGAGCUGGGCCGAGCGCAAGACGACGCUGCUGCGCGCCGCGCCGACCUUCGCGCUGGCCGCGCUGAUCAUCUGGGGCAUCUACGCCGGCGCCUUCACCCCGACCGAGGCGGCGGCCAUCGGCUUCGCCGCCAGCCUGGUGAUCACCGGCCUGGUGCUGCGCACCCUGACCUGGGCACUGCUCAAGGAGGCGACCCUGGACGCCAUGCGCACCACGGUCACCAUCCUGCUGAUCGUCGCCGGCGCCAAGGUCUUCGGCAAGGCCAUCACGCUCUACCGCAUCCCGCAGGACAUCUCGGCGCUGAUCGCCGGCAACGUCGACGAGGCGGCGCUGUUCAUCCUGGUCGUCGCGCUGGUGCUGGUGCUGAUGGGCCUGUUCCUGGAGGCGCUAUCGAUGAUGCUGAUCAUGGUGCCGGUGCUCGCCCCCUCCCUGGCGGCGCUGGGCAUCGACCCGAUCUGGUUCGGCAUCUUCUUCGUGAUCAUGGUGGAAUGCGCGCUGAUCACGCCGCCGGUCGGCCUCAACCUCUACGUCAUCCAGGCCGUGGGCAAGGCCGGCAUGGGCGAGGUGGCGCGCGGCGUCUGGCCCUUCCUGGCGUUGAUGCUGCUGACCGUCGUGAUCAUCUUCCUGGUGCCCGACAUCGCGCUCUACAUUCCGUUCAGGCCAGAGCCAGAAGGAUCGCCAAUGCCCGACGACGCCGUCGUGCCCGACGUGCCCGACGCCCCCGACGCCAGCGCCGCCCUGCCCGGAGCCAAGCUGCGCCGCCUGCUGGAGGGCGGCGGCCUGCAGGUCAUGCCCUGCUGCUACGACGCGCUUUCGGCCCGCCUGGUCGAGCAGGCCGGCUUCCCCCUGACCUUCAUGAGCGGCUUCGCCGUCUCGGCCGCGCGGCUGGGGGCGCCGGACACCGGCCUGAUCUCCUACGCCGAGAUGCUGGAUCAGGGGCGCAACAUCACCGCGGCGGUCUCGAUCCCGGUGCUGGGCGACGCCGACACCGGCUACGGCAACGCGCUGAACGUCAAGCGCACGAUCGCCGGCUACGCCCAGGCCGGCUUCGCCGCGGCGAUGAUCGAGGACCAGGUGGCGCCCAAGCGCUGCGGCCAUACCCGCGGCAAGGAGGUGGUGCCGCGCGAACUGGCGCUCGACCGCAUCCGCGCCGCCGUCGACGCCCGCGACGCGGCCCGCGCGCGCGGCCAGGACCUGCUGAUCCUGGCGCGCACCGAUGCCCGCCACGGCGAGGGUCUGGGCGAGGCCAUCGCCCGCGCCCAGGGCUUCGCCGACCUGGGGGCCGACAUCCUCUUCGUCGAGGCGCCGCGCGAUGCGGCGGAGAUGGAGACGGUCGCCCGGGAGGUGCCCGGCUGGAAGAUGGCCAAUCUGGUCGAGGGCGGCGACACGCCGCUGCUCGGCCCGCCGGAACUGGAGGCCCUGGGCUUUGCCAUCGCCGCCUACCCCCUGACCCUGCUGUCGGCCGCCAUGCGCGCCCAGCGCGACGCCCUGGCGGCGUUGCGCAGCGGCACCCACCCGAGCGGCCUGCUGAUGGACUUCGCCGAGCUGCGCGAGCGCGUGGGCUUCGAGGACUACUACGCCGAGGAAGCAUGCUACGCCGGGGCGCG